AAACCAACAACACAAUUCAGAUCUGGAUACGCAGUGCAGAGCUCACAUUUUAGACAACCAUGGUGGUCCCAUCAAAACGUGCUGUGAAGCAAGGCUUUUUUUGUAUUCUGAUCUUCUCCUUCAUUUACAGAAAUCACUGCUUUGAUAUAAGCAUCUGCAAUGAUACUGGCACUUGGAGGCCACCAGCAUAUUCAGACAUACUGGUGACAUGUGGACCUCAGAACAUUGAAUUAUCUAUUUACUUGUGCCCAGUGUAUAAUGCCGGCUAUAAUGAAACUCUGCUUUUCAUGAAUGAUAUAUUCAAUAACCCUCAAUGUCAAGGAGUUGUUCAAACGACAGGAGGUACACCAUUUGUUACGUAUAUUUUUUCAAUUAAUGACAGUUCAACAUGUGGAAGCUCAUUUCAGAUAACCUCAAGUCAAGGUGAGGGUAUCUUCUCAGAUUUCUCACAGAUUGAAACAGUUAACAUCAGUGGAAUAAUCAAAUCAAAGGAUCCAAGUUCUGGUGUUGUUACUUAUAAUCCAGAACUAAAAUAUUUAUACUCCUGCGCUUACCCUCUAGAAUAUCUCAUGAACAAUACAAGGCUGGAUGUGAGUGGAAACAAUAUAGCAAUCAACACCAACAACGGCAGUUUCAUUAGCACACUCUCUCUCCAGUUGUUUGUGGAUUCCAAUUUCUCAAGACCCCUUAUUAUCCCUGCAACUGGAAUAAAACUGAAGACAAAAGUGUAUGUGGAAGUGAGAGCAAAGAACCUUACCGAAAAGUUCAAUGUGUUGCUGGAUCAUUGCUAUGCCUCCACUUCUCCAUUCCCAUCCAACUCUACCAAAUACGACCUUUUUGUUGGGUGUACAAAGGACCAGUUUACGACCGUGCUUGAUAAUGGAGAGAAUCAAUACGCUCGGUUUUCAUUUUCAGCCUUCCGAUUUCUAGAACAGUAUGGUCAGCCUGUCUCAACAUUUUACUUGCAUUGCAUCACUCGACUUUGCCUGACGACAACUUGCAGUAAUUUUAAACCAGUUUGUGGAAGAAAGCGGAGAGAGAUCCGAGCAGCCUCCAGCUCUUCAACAUCUUCACCCAUUUCUGAUCCAGCAACUAUUACUUCCACUGGGAUUAUAACAAGUAGGGAAGAUGAUGGCUCAGUAAGCAAAGACAGCAGUGCCUCUUAUGCUGAUUCCCAAGAUAUUAUAAGAACUGCCGUUGGAUUGGGAAUUACGGUUGGAUUUUUGGCAUUACUUUGCACUCUUAUGGGAGGGAUUGUUUACCUUAUGCACAGAAGACUCCAAAAGGCUAGAUACCCGGAUAAGAACACCUUUCAUUAAACAAUCAGAAAAACAGCUAUCUUAUGUACGCUAAGACUCUUUUCAUCUGAACCCUGCAUACGUUUUAGAAUUUAGAAAUGUAGAAUUUGGCUCUACUAAACUAAACUAUUUAAAUAUCUAUGUUUAUAAUGAUGGCUGUUUCUAUUUUUUUUUAUCACACAAAUAAAAGGAUAUGAAUAAAUACAUUUUGGCAUCAAA